AUGGAAGAUACUCGAGAGUCGCAGUUUGCAGACAAGGGCGCCGGUAGCCCAUCACACGCCAAACCAACCCUGGCCGGCCCAAAGUUGACGCUCAAGACCAGCGGGCUAUCAGUACCGACUCAUGCUCGAUUAGCCCGGUUGAUGUCGCCGCUCUCGGCUGGAACAACCUCCUCCUGUUCGGACCACGAAUGGCAGCAACAGAUGCAAGGAUUCGACGAUCUGUACGAUGCGACGGACGACGAUGACAUGGACGAUGACAAUUCCACCGAGAUCAGCGACUCUUGUUUCUCGGCGACGGGGACUCAGCGCUCGAGCUUGGUAACACCAAUCACGAGGAACUCGGUCACUUCAACCGGCAGUCGGGAUAGUCGCAAAAGCAGGAGCGGGCUCACUCUCGACAUUCCCUCGUCCACGGGCUGGCCCUCUCUCACGGGCACCUGCAAGAGUUCGCCCAUCCCUCCGACUCCUCCGUCCAGGCUUCCUCCAGUUUCUCCCGCGGCGCUCUCCAUGCUCGGUCGAUCGGUGCCGGCUCCUCACGCUCCACCGUCGCUGGAUGGGAGUUACUCAUCAGACCAGGAAUCGAAUAAUAGUGCGCUGGCUACUCCAGAUACUCAUUCGCUUCCGGAUGCGAGCUGGGAUGCGUCCGAUGUCCAUGUUCGACCUGAUGUUGGUGGCAGUGACGCGGAGGAUAUUGGGGAUGACGAGACCAAUGCAGACUUGCAAGCGGUCUCUUUCACCAUUGAACCCCCACAGGGCGACUGGCCAAAUGUCCUCGGGCAUUUUCCCUCACUCCCCACAGCUCUGCAAAAUGCUUCAACAUCCUCGUUGGGAUACGAGAAUGAGGUGCCUUAUGAAGAGCCACCCCGGGGAUCGACUCCCUCGGAUGAAGGGCUGUAUCUGCCGGAUGGUGCCCUUGCAAUGCUCCAACACAUCCCGUUAGAUCGCACACCUGAAACCUGGUCCGAAACGUCUGGAGACGAUGAGAUGUGGCAACUCCAGCCUGCUUCACAGAGCCGUCCUCGGAGUGCCGAUGGAGUCACGCCAGCGUCAGACCUGUCGGGGUACAGCUUCAGUGAGCUGAGCAUUCCAUCGCCCGGUGGCUUCUUUGCCUCGUUGGCGCCGCGUGCCCGUCACACAUGGUCCAUUCCAAAUGAGAAUCUCCCGCCAACGACCGCCGUGGCCGAGGGCUUCUAUGAUCUCCCGUUCUCUCGAGAUCAAGGUGAGGUAGUUGAGCAAGUUAUUGAUUGGCCUGACCGCGUGCAAGAGGAGGAUCCCGACACUGCGAUCCGUGACGAGGAGGGCCCGCCUACUGCCGUUCGAGUACCAUGCGAUACGCCCACGAGACCACUCACGCGGCAGGACAGUCACAGCCCAACGAGCGCGACAUUCGAGCCCGUUCAGGAGAUCACCCAAGCCAGCAAUGUGUACGAGUAUGAUGAGCUGUAUGACAAUGAGCUGCAGGAACGUGCCGCCGCAAGUCUCGACCGGACCAGCGUAUGGCUCUCUGCCCAAGCAACCUACCUUGCCGCCCUGAAUGAGACCAAUCCCAUCAACGAGAUUGAUUCAAAGGCAAACUCUGAUGCUGGAGAGAAGUCGCCAAAACCGGAAGAGGGAGUCGACGCAGCGCCAAAGAAGGCUGUCCGCUUUGCCGAAGGUGUCCCCGAAUCUCUCAGUCCUCGUCCACCAUUGUCCGCCAGCAAGGACUCCAUCUACUGGCGAGGGUUCCAGUCAAUCCGACAACGGACCAAUACAGCUGACAGCUUCUUUCACCGCAACAUGCGCUUCGAUGCGAUUCAGUCCUUCCGACUUGGGUUGGUGGAUAUGCACCUCAAUGGUCUCAUGGGUAAAUACGAGAUUGUCCGUCCAGAGAGGCCUGCGUACAAGGGUCCAUUCUCUCAAGCGCCCCGCAACUCAAUCAUCACCUCUGUCUUGGCUGAGAAAGCGCAGUUCGCCAAGCUUGAGAAGGAGCAGCUCGUCCUGGCCCAGCUUUGUCAACCCAUGUGGGCCAUGGACGCGCUUCGAUGUCUGAACGGUGGCAAGAUGCUGACAAGCCCGGUCGAGAAGCGAGCUACUCGAACCCGCAAGACCCUUCAAAGCCAGGGUGGACAGAAGCCACGCGCAGUGCGCAUCCUCAAUCUCGGUGGUCAUGUUUCUUGUGAAUGGGGCUGGCAUGCCGCACUGGAGUUCCCGCACACCAAGGUCUACUCGGUCGUUAAUCAGACACAAACUGUCAACAGCGCCAUCAAGAGCCCGCCCAACCACCGCGUGGUCUCGGUUGAGCGCCUCUGGGAGCUGCCGUUUGGUAACAACAAGUUUGAUGUGAUCACCACGCGCUCUCUGCAUGCUCUGUUGAAGACCGAAUGUCCAUCCGGGCUUGACCGGGAUGAAUACAGCUUGGUGCUCAAAGAGUGCCGCCGGUGCCUCAAGCCAGGCGGCUAUCUCGAGUUCAUGGUGUUGGAUGCAGAGAUCUCUCGCGCGGGGCCGUACGCCUCAGCGUCUUCGGUCGAAUUUGCAUUCAAUCUUCGCACACGCGGGUAUGACCCCAUCGCUUCCAAGACCUUCCUCGCUCGCUUGCGCCAAAGUGGCUAUGUCAAUAUCAAGCGCGCCUGGAUGUUCCUGCCCAUGGGCACGGAACGCAUCCAGCCACAGCCACCAAGGGAGACGCCGGCUCCACGGGUUCCGAGUGGGAUUGAAGAGUACGAAGCUGUGCAGGGGCCCAUCGGCAGCACGGGCGACAUUGCCAGUAUCACGGGGAUUCUAGGUGGUUGGAUGUGGGAGCAGUGGCUGGUCCGCUUGCGGACUGAAAUGGGCCAUGAGCGAGGCAAGCUGCUGGAUGGAGUGGGAGCGGUUUUUGAUGAGGGGAGAAAGAACGGAGCAGGCUGGACCUGCUUGUCUGGAUGGGCGAUGAAGCCGAAGCGCGUGAAACAGAUGAUUCAGCAACGGAGAGCCGGGUCAACCUGA